AUGCGCCCCCUCAGACGCAGCAAAAUCACGGAGGGUCUGUCCGAGAGCGUGUCCACGUUUCUCAAGGUCCUGACGGUCUGGGUGUUAAUACUAUUGACAGAUUUCAUCCUUGAAUUUCGCUUUGAAUAUUUAUGGCCUGGCUGGCUCUUUGUCAAGAGGGUUUAUGAGUCAUCACGAUAUCAAGGCCUUGCCUUUUCCAUACUGUUUGUAUGUGCAGCUUUUACCUCAGAUGUGGUUUGUUUUAUCUUCAUACCGUUGCACUGGCUUUUCUUUGCUGCAAGUACUUAUGUAUGGAUCCAGUACCUGUGGAAUUCAGAAAGAGGAGUUUGCUUGUCCACUUUGUCUCUUUGGAUACUUUUUAUUUACAUAGAAGCAACAAUCAGAUUUAAGGAUUUAAAAAAUUUCCACGUAGACCUUUGUCGCCCAUUCGCAGCACACUGCGUAGGGUAUCCAAUGGUUUCUUUAGGUUUUGAAUUUAAAAGUUACAUCUGCUACAAAAUUAAAUUACGAAAACAAAACGAAGUUCGGAAACAGAAUGAAUUCUUCAUGCAGCUCCUUUGGCAAGCUUUACCCUCAGAGCAGAUGCAUCCCAGACAAGACCGGGAUUUGGAAGAAGCAUUUAAAGGUUUCACAGUGUGCUCUCAAUACCAGCAUCACUCUAGACCCAUUGCGAUUGGGAAGAAAUACACCUUAGCCUUACCAGAACUAGAAUUUAAAGAAAAAGUCAAAGAAAGAGAGAAGGACAUCAGCAAGCAAACUCUUGGAACUAAUAACUAUUUACAAACAACGGAUUCUAAAACGAGUGAAACGGACUGUGCAGAAAAUCAUCUAAACAAGACAGUAGAGUACGAAAUGUUUGGGAAUGCAGAAAAUCUAACCCAGGAGGACUCGGGUGCAGAUUCUUCAAAAACCUACAAGCACUUAUCACCAAAGGUUCAAAGUGCAUCAAAUGGUAGUGCAAUCCUUCCAAAGCACGAGAAGAAGCAAAAGUGCUCUGGCAAGAACGCAGGCACACGGAAAGGGAUCUUUGAGAAUGGCUCUUUGAAUUAUCAGAAUAGCAAGCCUGAAGCUGUUUUACGACUGGAGCAGGACAUAAAGAAGCUGAAGGCAGACCUACAAACCUCUAGGCAGUAUGAACAAGAGCUCCGCAGUCAGAUGAACGUACUGACCAACAGCAAGCAAAAAAUACGCUCCGAACUUGUUCAGCUUCGACAGGAGAAUGAGCUUUUACAGACCAGAAUGCAUUGUGCUUUGCAAGCAAAACAGAAAGACAAACAGACCGUAGCCCAUUUAGAGAAGAGGCUGAGAAUCGAACUGGAGAGUCGAAUUCUCCUCGAGAAGCAGCUGAUGGAUGCAAAGAGGAGGAAGGCAGAUGAAACCUCAGUUAUUGCUCGAGCUGCCUCACUCAAUGCAGCUGUCAGAGGGGACUGCACAGAUGCUCUGAAGAACAGAAUGAAAGAAUUAGACACAGAGUACAAACAACUGCAAUUGGAACUCAGAAUAAAGGAUGACCACAUAAGGAAAGUUGAGCAGGAAGUGCAGGAACUUUGCAAACAUAAAGAGAACGAACAGGACACUGGGAUCCUGAUGGCAGCACUUUCAGCCUUGCAGGACAAAACACAACACUUGGAAACCAACCUUAGUGCAGAGACCAGGAUUAAACUUGAUCUCUUCUCUGCUCUUGGAGAUGCCAGACGGCAAUUGGAGAUUGCGCAAGGACAUAUAAUCCAACAGGAUCUGGAAAUUGAAGAUCUGAAACAGAAGGUUGCAGAAGUGAUGGCAGUUAUGCCUGGGAUCUCAUACAGUGUCUCUAGUACCCUGAGCCCUGCAAUAUCACACUACUCUUCUAAGUUUGUGGCAACUGGGAAUGCUGUACUUGAUCCUAACACUUUAAUGUACCAGCCACUGAAGAAAUAAAUGCACUACUGUCCUGCUAAACACUUACUUAGCCAAUGCUGGUGGAGGUGGCUGUGCUUUUGUAUUCAGAACUAUGGAUUUUUAUGUUUUAUAACAAUUUAAGAUCUUCAGGUAAAAUUAUGUAGCAUUAAGGUACUUUGGAUUGUGCAAUUGGCUAGAUCUUAUAGGACAAUUGAAUACUUGGGAGCAUUGACCCAUUAUCUUAUGCUUCGAUCUACCCAACACAUUGCAAAUUCCACCUGGUGACCUCAAUAAAUUAUCUUCCUGCUUAAUUGGUACCAGUACAAUGACUGAAAAAGGACUGAUUUUCUUUCAGUGCAUGAACUAAAUACAAGCCAACAUUGUAGUUGAUGGAAGUACAGUCGUAAUUCACUUGGCAGCUGUAAAAAAAAAAGCACAGGCAGGGUUCAUAGUAGUGCUGUGGGAGUCUUAGAGCCAAACAAUAUUAAGAACACUUUUAUUACACAACAGGUCAUUAUUUGCACUGUUGAAGAUCUUAUGCCAAGGUGCACGAGAAGGCUUACUGCCUUUGAAACUCAAACAAGACAUUGACAGGUAACCCAUGCAUAUGAAGAAAUACAGUUGGAUUGUUAUCCAUAUAAUGUGCAGGACUUUUUAAGUUUAGUUCUGGAAGUAGGAGAAAUUCAGUGUAGCGAUUGAAAGUACAUCCUCUGGAUAAUGCAACGAAGACAACAAAUUACAUAUGUAUAGCACC